CAUAGACGUACGUGACAUAGCGGCGCGACGCAGUGAACGCGGCGCCACCCGUGGACCGCGGAGCGCCGCGCUCCGCUUCUGUGCCGUCUACGUCUACGUUACACCCCCCUCCCGGAGGGGAGGGGGAGUGGGGAGUCUAGCCGAACAGGUUCGUCAGCGGCUGUUGUUGAACCGGCUGUCACGCAGUUAGAUCGUCGUACCAGCCAGGUCCCGCAGACGCCACAUCCAAGUUAGCCCCCCCCCCCAAACUGGUCGCAGUUAGCUGCUUAGCUAACGGGGGGUGUAGUCGGGGGAGACGCUCGUCGUUUGAUUCGACGGAGGCGAGUGUUGGCUCCGACUUCUUCCGUAACGCUGCCGCGGACGCGGAGCCAGGACGGCUACUAGCUAACCGCUAGCGCCGCGGACGACGGCUACUUCACGCUAGCUGCUGCCGUCGCCGGGCGACCCCGCUUCUGCGCAAACGGCAAGACACUCAACAUGUUGGAGUGAGUAAUGCAGCGAGUGCUGAUUUUAAUGAUGGGCAUUUCGGCGGCCCAUGCGUGUGUCGGCUCGGGGAGCUGCCCCACCGAGCAGGCCAACAUCAGCUCCAGGGACUACUGCUACUCGGCGCGAAUCCGCAGCACUGUGCUCCAGGGUUUGCCCUUUGGCGGGGUGCCAACUGUCCUCGCCCUUGACUUCAUGUGCUUCUUGGGACUGCUGUUUGUAUUCUCCAUCUUGCGGAAGGUUGCAUGGGACUAUGGGCGUCUUGCGUUAGUGACUGAUGCAGACAGGCGAAUGGAUCAGCGCUACAGCCGCCUGGAUGAUCGAGAAUAUGUGGCCUCUGCCAUGACGUCGGAAACACCUGAACGCUACGAGCGCCUCACCUCGGUGUCCAGCUCGGUGGACAUAGAGCAACGAGACACUGGCUUCUGCUCCUGGUUAACUGCUAUCUUCCGAAUCAAGGACGAGGAGAUAAGGGAGAAGUGUGGCGAGGACGCAGUGCACUACCUCUCAUUCCAGCGCCACAUCAUAGGCCUGCUGGUGGUGGUGGGGGUACUCUCCGUGGGCAUCAUCCUACCCGUCAACUUCUCUGGAAACCUCCUUGAUAACAACGCCUACAGUUUCGGGCGAACCACUAUUGCAAAUUUAGAUGCCAAUAACACACUGCUAUGGCUGCACACCACUUUUGCGUUCCUCUACCUGUUGCUGACUGUGUACAGCAUGAGACGGCACACCUCCAAGAUGCACUACAAAGAGGAUGACCUGGUGAAACGCACUUUAUUUGUCAAUGGAAUCUCCAAAUAUGCAGAGGAGAAACACAUAAAGCAACACUUCGAGAAGGCGUAUGAAAACUGUGUUGUGCUGGAGGCUCGUAUCUGUUACAAUGUGGCCAGACUGAUGUCACUUAACUCUGAAAGGAAGAAGACAGAGCGAAGCAAAAAGUUCUUCACUGACCUGCAGACCAAAGAGCACAUUCCCACCAUGAUCAACCCAAAGCCCUGCGGACACCUCUGCUGCUGUGUCAUCAAAGGAUGUGAACAGGAGGAGGCUGUGAGCUAUUACACCAAGCUGGAGGCAAAACUCAAAGAGGAAUACAGGAAGGAGAGAGAGAAGGUCAACAGCAAGCCCUUAGGAAUGGCCUUUGUGACCUUCCAGAACGAGACCAUGACUGCCAUAAUCCUGAAGGACUUCAAUGCUUGCAAGUGUCAGGGCUGCCACUGUCGCAGAGAGCCCAAGUCCUCUCAGUUCAGUGCCAACCUCCACACACACAGCUGGACGGUUAGCUAUGCUCCUGAUCCACAGAAUGUCUACUGGGAGCACCUGUCAGUGGGAGGACUGUCCUGGUGGCUGCGCUGUUUCAUCAUCAACUGUGUCCUCUUCCUUCUCCUCUUUUUCCUCACCACCCCAGCCAUCAUCAUCUCCACCAUGGACAAGUUCAAUGUCACCAAGCCUGUGGAGUACCUAAAUAAUCCAAUUAUCACCCAGUUCUUCCCCACCCUUCUGCUAUGGUCCUUCUCCGCCUUGCUCCCUACCAUUGUGUACUACUCUGCCUUCUUUGAAGCCCAUUGGACCAGAUCAGGAGAGAACAGGACAACCAUGCAUAAAUGCUACACUUUUUUAAUCUUCAUGGUUCUGUUACUGCCCUCCUUGGGACUCAGCAGUUUGGACGUGUUCUUUCGCUGGCUUUUUGACAGGAGAUUCCUGGCGGAUGCUGCAGUAAGAUUUGAAUGCGUGUUCCUUCCUGACAAUGGGGCCUUCUUUGUCAACUAUGUCAUUGCAUCUGCAUUCAUCGGUAAUGCCAUGGACCUGCUUAGGAUCCCUGGUCUGCUCAUGUAUAUGAUCCGUCUUUGUCUUGCUCGCUCGGCUGCUGAGCGUAGGAAUGUGAAAAGGCACCAAGCCUAUGAGUUCCAGUUUGGGGCGGCCUAUGCCUGGAUGAUGUGCGUCUUCACCGUGGUCAUGACCUACAGCAUCACGUGCCCAAUCAUUGUCCCUUUUGGGCUAAUGUACAUGUUGCUGAAGCACCUCGCGGACAGGUACAACAUGUAUUACGCCUACCUGCCUUCCAAGCUGGACAAGAAGAUCCAUUCUGGGGCUGUCAACCAAGUGGUGGCCGCCCCUAUUCUCUGUCUCUUCUGGCUGCUCUUCUUCUCCACUGUUCGCACAGGCUUCUCAGCUGCAACGUCCAUGUUCACAUUUGUAGUUCUGAUCAUCACAAUCAUUAUUUGCCUCUCCCACGUCUGCUUCGGACACUUUAAGUAUCUAAGUGCACACAACUACAAGAUUGACACCCAGGAGAUUGAUGCAGCGGAGAACGGGCAUGCAGCGGGUACCUCGCCCUCUAACAAGUCAGCACAGAUGUACAUCGCUCAGGUACUGCAAGACCCAAAUUCAGAUGAAGUUGGUUCAGGCAGCGGUGAGGAGGAUGGUCAGGGAUCCUCGCAGGACGAGGAAAUAAUCAAUGUGGGAAAUGGCCUGAAUGAGGACUUUCAGUCCGGCGAGGACAGCCUCAUCGAAAAUGAAGUGCGGCACUGAUGCUGCCUGGCCCAGUGGAAGAUUUAAGCAUUGCACUGAAUAUGUGAGUCACAUUGAAGAGCUGAACCAACAGUUCUUACAAGGCAUCUCAACCUCCAUCGAGGGACUUCAAAACUAACAUAGGCACACUGUCUAACAAAGAAUACAUGGGCAAGAAUUCCCACAUUCGCUCACCGAGACUCAACUACAUCAACAGCUUCUACGUAACUUUGGAGGGAAUGUACUCUGGCAAAGCAAGGGCAGUAAGAUCCUUCCACUCCUGACAUGGCGUCGUCAAGCCCCAAAACACUGCCAGGGGACUCGAGCAGGAAGACACAAGUGCACGAUGAAGAAAACUUUCUACUUUUUUUGCCUUGUCAUUUAUGGGGACUGGUUUUCUGUUGGUACUUCCCUAACAUUGUUGCACUUGAAAGAGAAGACGUAUCUCCACGCCCUACGUAGGCUGGGUGCUUUGGCAAGGGUUUGUCCCCCCCUCCCAUAACCCUGAGCUUUUAGUUGGGAAGGAUGGCAUACCCGCAAGUUCAGAUGGUGGAGGGAUUUCUCCAUAAUCCACUGCCAGUAUCCCUAAUUGUCUGCACUAGAUGCUGCCACUGAGUAAGCAGCUUAUAUGGGACAGGAGAAGCAAAGCAGGAGAGGAGUCGUCGACACAAACCGCUAGCCUGGUCUCUGCAUAGUCUCUAAAUGGUUCUUCUAACCCUGUGUAAAGCUUAAACAAAAAACAACAUGUUGUGACUAACUUUUUGUUAUGCUUCGGACAGCUGCAAAACUCUGUAAAAAAAUGUUUUGAAAUGGUAUUUAUUUCGAGGCAUGAUAUUUUAAAUGCUAUUAAGAAAACUAGAUACACCUCUUAACUGUGGAUGAAGAUGGUUUGCAUCAUGGCACUCUGUACUUUAAUGAUGAUCUUUUGUGUUCUGCUCGACUGCGGUCAAACGAUGAUGAUGAUGAUGAUGUGUUAAGUUUAGUCUCUGGGCCUUUGUUGGUACUGCUGUUGGGACUGCUGCUCCUGAUUGGCCCUGCAAGGAAUGAAAUCCCUGCUGUGCCCCAAAAAAUAGGGCUUGGCCCGGUAGCUGGGAGCCCACCAGUCCUCUCUCGAGUUACAUAAAUGUAGAGACAGGCACGCCAAUCUGCCGGGCCUGGGUUUAGCUGAUACUCGCCAAGUCCGUUUCUCUGCGUCGCUCUCACCUUUGUCCUCAUGUAGGCGCCCGUUGAUCAGAUGUUUACAUCUUCACCUGAGGUUUGCACGGCUCGGGGCCAAGUGCGUCGAACGGUUAAGACUAGCUCGUGUUUUCUACCAUCUCUAAACUUGGUGUUCAAGUUAGGUGGCGACAGUUUGGUUUAAAAUGAGAUAUUUUAAGUUCUGUCACUGUGAUGUGUCCAUCUUGUUCUUGGAGUAACUAUUUUUGUGUAGCGGGCAUCUCAUUGUAUCAGUAUCAGACGGUUUAAGAUGAGCUUUGUGCAUCACUACAAUUUGCUUGUUGUUGCUCACACUUUGUGGCGUCGUAAAUUGAGACGGAUCGUAAAGUCGUAGUGACAAGAUAGCAAACCUUAGGCCAGGAUGCACAAAAGUGAACCUUGCCAUCAGACCCUUUUUGUUUAUAUUUUUUCCUGAUCCAUUUUUUUCUCGGUCAUUGGAAGCAAAAUAGACCAUAACUAGUCUUUUAUUUCUUCCUGUAGGUUUUUAUUUAGUAAUGAGUGUGUUAUUACCCCCCUUCCCCUUUAGUCCACAUUCCAUUUUGCAGAAAUGGUGAACAGCUUUGCAAUGCCUCUGCCAGAUUGUCUGAUAUUGUCGUUUUUAUACAGUGCGCAGGAGAUGGGUUUGGUAGAUCAGAGAUGUCCUUGAAAAACCUCCUCGGACUAUUUUGGGUGGCGCCUCAGCGAGCAGCUCCUCUCGUCUCAUUAAAGUUUGCACAACGGCCCAGACAACUGCACGCAAAUGCACACAGCGAGUAUCAAAUUUCAUAAUGCAAUGUACUGCCUGCACAGUUAUGAACUGACUCAGGUAUUGAGUUUCUUUAUCUUCAGUCUCUUUUUUUUCUUUCUUUUCUUUUUUUAACACCAAUCAUGGUCAAAGACACUAAUAGAGCAUGCAUCACGAAACGUAGAUCAGGAGAGUCGAUGAAGCAAGGCACAUUAUUGCAGACUAACACUAUUACUACAAUCUGUCACAAUGGACCAGUCGACAUUGGACCAUCGUGUGGAGAAAAAAAAAGAAGCUAUUAUUAUUAAGCUGCUCAGAGAACCAUUGUGAGAAAUGAGCACUCGUUUUAUGUUCACUGGUAUGAUUGACGGAGAAGGGCAUGUGCUGGUGAGUAUGAUAUGACCCGGUGAUUCUGAUCCGUGGCCGUAGUUCAUCCGUGGCCAGAUAAUCCCUUGUUGAGAACUUUUGUCACGGUACUAUCAAGACAACUGUUUGACGCCAUUGACUCUGGUGCUGUUCUCGUCAUGACAAGGUGAUUUUAUUUUUAUACCUCUUUUUUUUUUAUAUAUAUACCUCUGACAUGUCUGACAACUUGAUUGUUUCUUGUCAAAUUAACAGCAGUGGUCCGCCUGUAAGGGGAGACCCCUAACAUGGAAUUCAUGAUCUCUAACAACUUUUUUUUUUUUACAUCUAAAACAUUGAAUGUAGUUUCUUUUGCCCAAUUUUUAGACAAGGUAAAAAAAAAAAAAAGGUGAUUGUUCGGUUCAGUGAAGGUGACCUGCCUCGCUGGGAGCCGAGUUCUGUCCCCAUCGACCAGUGUUAACAGUCAUGCUGCACUUGACGGCAAAUGUUUUUAAUAGUAUUUAAAAUGGUUUGUCACCCGUCUCAUCUCUUAUUUCCUCUGUCAGUUAACUUUUGUCCCCCCCACCCCCUUAAGCUGUCAUUAUCUUGUCUCUGUGGUCAGUUGAACUGGACAUAAAAGUGGAUUUCUUUGUAAAGGGGCUUCGUGUCCUCUGAUGCAAGCCCCCCCUCCCCGCCCCCCCUCCCCGGCCCCCCCCCCGGCUCAUUUGUACACCGUGCCCCUGGCUGGUUUAGUGUGUUUGCUCUUCAUGACAGUAGACAAACUGGACGUCUUUGUUUACUUGGCCUUUUUUUAUAGGUGUCUCCGCUAGAUGGCAGCAUUAACAGCAAGACCCCACGUUUAUUAUGACGGGUGUCGUUCUCUCGUUUCUCCCCAAAGGGCUCUACAGUUUCAUUAGUCCCCCCAACCCCAACCCCCCCCCCCCCCAGUUCUCUGAACAAUAAACUGUAUUUAAUCACGCCU